AUGGCAACUCCACUACAACUGCAACCAGCGGUCGAAUCAGACGUGCCUCGCAUCGUCGAGCUCGAACGUCUAGCCUAUGCAGACAAUCCACUGACUCCCAUCUUCUUCCCCGGGCCCUUCCCGCCGGAUGUGGCUGACACCAGGGCGGAAGAGCUGGUGUCGGAGUUGCGAAAGAACCCGACCGUGCGCUGGGUCAAGGCGGUCGACUCGCAUAUCAACGAGCUGGUGGCUUUUGCCAAAUGGACCAUUGUCGAGACUGUAGAUGCAGACACUGACGCUGACCAGGCCCAGCCAGAACGUAGUGGCAAUCGCAAUCGCACAUUCGGGCCUGGCUGCAACGUCGAGGCGUGCGAGGAGUUCUUUGGGGGGAUCCAUCGAAAGCGGAUCCUCCACACUCUUCAAACAGACCCCAAGCAUCAGCGACGCGGUGCCGGCGGACUCCUGAUCGAAUGGGGCCUCGCCAUCGCAGACGACCGUCACCUCCCAGUCUAUCUGGAGUCGUCGCCCAUGGCUCACUCGCUGUACCUGAAGUACGGGUUCUACGACAUCGACCAAUUGCGCCUAGACCCGAAGUGGAACUAUGGCACAGCCGACCCGACGAUAUACUUUAUGCGCCGAGAUGCACGAUGA